AUGUCACAAGGGUUCGAAGCCAAGGGCGUCUUUCAUCGUCUCAUCCCUGCGCCCAGCGAUGGGGUGAAUGUUCAAGGCAAUGACUACAGGAUGGACCAAUCCACUAUGUACCUUCAAUGGUGGCCUGCGACAUUCGACAUCGACCUUGACGACCUGGGAAGUGGAACGCCCCGCCCUGGUCUAUCGGUGCUAAUGCUGCUCGUUCCGAAAGGUUUCACAGAUAUGCAGGAGAGUGCCUGUCAUCAGGCAUCCAUCGACUCGUUCCACAAUUCGGGUCUCGGAUGGUCCAAGCAGCUGGACGAAGAUUGGCUGUGCGCCGGACUUGUCCAUUACUGUAUCCAUCCAACACGCAGCGGCAUGUCCCUCGAAGAAUUCCAAGCUUCGCUUGCCUCGCUUUUCAAGGAUCAGUGUCAGUUGUUUCCGGAUGAAAUGGCCAAGCUGUCACUGAACGAUCGCCCGUCUAGUGGUGACAAUGGCAAUGCUGACCGCAACCUGAAGCAGAAGCCGUCGCAGUCCAAGAAAGGUGGUGACAGUCGUGGGAGUGCUGGCGGCGGCGGUAACCCGAACCGCGGUCGGGGCGCUGGCGGUAGCAGCCAAAGCGGCGGAAGCGUCAUUCCAGUAACAACUGUUGCGACAUCCGACGUUGUGGAUAUCCCUAUGACAGAUCUCGACACCGUGUUCAAUAUGCACCUUCCGCCGAUUUACAAAGAAUUGGGCCACCUACUUUCGACGCUGCGCCGCUUUGUGAGCCAAAGCUCGAGUCCCACGGAUGUUUUGCUCGUCAAGCUUGUGUUCCGUCGUCUUGUCGAACGCAAACUUCGGCCGUUCGAUAUUGCCUUGAAUCACCGUGAUCUGAGUUGGUUUUUGUACCGUAUCACAACGGCCACAAAUCUUGAUCCACUCGAUCAGUGGUUGAAUGCAACCAUCUACAAGUUCUGGAUUGACUGCAUCGACAUGUGGGACUUUCCAGUUGCGAACGCGCACCGUGUGUGGCGCGACAAGGUCCCAACCGCAUCCAUCAGCCCGGUUACAUCCAGCAACCUUUCAAGCUCGGCUGAUAAAAAUACUCAGGUCCCCCCAACCGCAUCCAUCAGCCCUGUUACAUCCACCAGCAACCUUUCAAGCUCGACUGAUAGGCAUACUCAACUUGUCGAGUACUACACUCGUAAAAAGCCCACCGCUUCCGAAUUUGAAAUUGCCUCGAAACUGCCAGAAACAUUCACCUUUUCAGGCAUUGAUCUCGACUCACCUCGACCGAUUCAAAUCUUGGUGAAUAGCAUUUCCGUCUACAUCCCGUUCUUUGCGAACGAGAAGCCGCCUGCUACGCUCUCGUUCAAAUUGAAUGGCGAGGAUUUCGUCCUUGGUCAGGAGAAAGCAAACGUUGACUGGUUUAUUUCCGAACCCGGCAAGAGAGUUUCUUCUCUGGAUGACGACACCGAUGAAACAUCGGAUCAAGUUGCAAACGAAUUGUCGGUGCCUCGGGAACUCGUAUCGCUUGUCGAGACCGUCCGAUGCAUUGCGAGUAUCAAGGAUGGCUCGCGGCAGUGUCGCAACCAGACAUCUCACACGUCACAGUGUUGCCACGUGCACCGCUAA